AUGGAAAAUCGAAAGGAUUACGGACCUCAUUUAAUUUGUGGUCUUCUGACAAGAUUAUCUAACUUGUAUAGCGAAUUUAACAAAUGGUUACUCGCAUUCAACGUCAUACAGUAUACAAGAAUCCCUGAAGAGAGAAAACAAAAAGCAAAUUCAUAUCUCGCCAAGGGAAGCAAUGUAAACGUUGUUUUGACUAGCUACGAGUUCGCUACCCGUGAUAGGGCUACUCUUGGCCGCUUGUAUUACUCCUAUCUGAUUAUUGAUAAAGCCUAUUAUCUGAAAAACGACCAAAGCAAGCUAGGCCAAGCCAUCAGUGACUACAAAUGCGAUAACAGAUUGGUUACGCCCCUUCAAAAUAACCCUAGAGAACUUUGGUUGUUAAAUAACAGCGAUAACUCACAAUUCGAAGAGUGGUCCUCGGAUCUAUUCUCCAAAGCAGGCGGAGGAUGUCUCAUUAAUUGGAGAAGAACGUUCCUUAUCAGUCGUACUACCACCGAAGUUGCCACAGAGCUUCCUGAGAUGCGCAAAUGCAAGCUUUUGCGCACGAUGUCCGCUUGGAAAAAAGUUGUAUUCCAUGGACAACAUUCUACACCUUGA